GUUGAUGGCGGAAGACAUAAAAGUUUCUUUAUUCAGUCCCAUUUCAACUUCACCCCCGCGUUUCCUUAUGGUAACUCCCUCCAUAGCUAUCGCUCCAUCCCGGGAGUAGCAUAUGUCUUGACUGGCGCGCAGGAAAAGAGAGCGCACAGAACGCCCGCAGCACAAGAGAAACACAACCGCGGUCGCUUUUAUGCGAACAAACGUGCCAGAGACGAGUGGACGCGGUUCGGCAUUACAAUCCAGCUCGUCUAAUCGGCUAUUUCUGUCCGCUUUCUCGGUUUAUGCACGGAUACCGCCUGGAAAAAGGGAACAAGGUGGCCAGCCUGUUGGGCGUAGCUAGCAAGCUAACUUAAGCGUGCAUCAGUAUCCUGACGAUCAGGCAGGAGGGCCGCACAGCACUGGGGGGUCCCGUCUGACUGAGGGCGUGAAUCCCGCGAAACUGCGCCAGUGAGGGGCAGCGCCAGGCCUGGGGGGGAGAUGAAACCGGAUGGGGUCGACACUGCAGCGCCCAUGGAAGUCCUGGGGGCGGAGCCUGUAGGCGAAGGACCGCCCAUGGAGGAGGAGCCGCAGCCGCCUGCCCCGCCCUCGCAGCUUGAGGAGGCGGCCGAGCAGCAGCAGCAGCAGCCGGAAGUGCAGACGGCGCCACCUGCCCCCAAGGAGGGGAACGGCAAGCCCGCCGACCCCAAAGCCAAGACGAGAGGACCCGCUAAAACCAGGCCCGCAACUGCCGCCGGCGCCAAGACCACGGGACCGUCCGGCCCCGCCGCCCGGCCCGGAGCGGCCCAGGGCCGCAUCCUCAACGGCGUCCAGAAGCCCCUGUCCAACGGCCUGGCCAGGAAGACCAACGCCACCAACGCCGCCGCCCCCGAGAAGAAGAAGCUCCCCGCCACCGCCGCCGCCGCCCCUCCUAAAAGGCCUGCGGGACCGCCCGCCCCCGCCAGACCCCCGGCCAAGGCCGCCGACAGGAAGCCCGUCGGAGUGAACCGGCCCGCCACCGCCCCCGCCGCCGGGCCCGCCGGCACCAGGACCGCGACCGGAACCGCCCAGCCCCCCAGGAAAGCCCCCGCCGCGCCCAGCAAUGGGGUCAAAGCCAAGCCCAAAACCACCGUAGCUCCCAGGCCAGCCUCUGCAGCUCCCUCCAAACCCAGCACGGCUGCUCUGACCAAAACCGAUAGGCCGACUGUUCCCAAGGCAACCAGGCCUGCCACCGUUCCUCUGGCCUCUCGACCCGCCCCCACCACCACCACGACGGCAGCGGCGGCAAAGGCAGCCGCCACCUCCACCAAACCCUCCUCCUCCAGAGCAGGUGCCACAGCUCCCCCUGCUGGUCGCAGCGCAGCAGUGCCGCCCACCAAGACCGCAGCUCCUGCAAAGAAAGAUGUUAGCCGACCGACCGCAGCGGCGGCCAAGAAACCGGCGGCAGCAGCGGCAGCCCCCGCCCGGCCUUCACCGGCCCGACCCUCUAAACCCGAGGCUCCCAAAGCAGCCGCCGCCGCCGCCCGGCCCGACACGGCCGCUGCCGCCGCCAAGCGGCCGGCCGCCGGCGCCAAGGCCGCGGACGCCAAGCCCUCCCGGCCCAAGCCGCAGGACGCCAAGCCCACCGCCACGGCGGAAGUGAAGGCCAGCCCCCGCGCCGCCGCCGCCGGGCCCCGGCUCGGCCUCGCCAAGACGGCCACGCCCAGCCCCAGGAAGGCGGUGGGCAGCAGCACCCCGCUGGCGGUCAAGCGUGGGUCCAAGCCCACGCAGACGGUGCAGCCCCUCUCUGCCAGCGGGGAGCCCGCCAAGAAGACCCAGCCCCCCGCCGCCGCCGCCACUGCCACUGCCACCGCCGUGACCGCAGCUGCCGUCGCCACCACUGCCGUCGCCACCGCCGCCGCCAUCGCCAUGGUAGCGGCCGAACAACCGCCCCCCGCGGAGGCCCCGCAGCCUGCCGGGUCCCAGGGGGAGGAGCCGGAGGAGGCUCCGCCCUCUCUGUCUGUCGUGAGCGGAGUGGAGAGCGAGGCCGUGGGCCUUCCUGCCCAGCAGCCCCAGGCUCCGGCGGAAACUCCGGCGGCCAUUGUGGCUCCGCUGUCCCCUGCGUCCUCGCCCGCCGCUCCUGCGCCUUUGCCCCUGGAACCAGAGGGGCCGCCACCGUCUGUGGGAGCUCCACUGAGCCCGGGCGCCGACAGGCCGGAACAGGAAGUGGAAGACGGGCAGGAGGCGCUGGUUCCUGUGGCGGCAGUGGCGCUGGUGAGUCAGGCGGCUGAGCCGGAGGCGGCGGAGUCCGUUCCCAGCGAGCUCCACGCCGCCGCCGCCGCCGCGGCUCCCAGCUGCCUCCUCCCCGAGCGAGGGGAGGCCCUGGAAAAGGCCGACGAGGAAAUCAACGACGAUGAAGAGCUGGGGGAGGAAGAGCGGGAGGGCGUGAGCGGCACUCUGCCCGUGGAGCAGGCUCAGCCGGGUUCUGCAGGCCCGGCCGGGCCCGUGUGGCGGGGCGGGGCGCUGGCUGCGGAGCUGGAGGAGGCGAGCCACCAGGGGGCGUCAGAGCUGAGCGCUCCAGGUGUGCUGGAGAGCGCGGACCUCCUGGGCGAUGCCAGCCUGAAGGGAGCGUCUGCCAGCUCCCCCGACAAGGUGCCCGACACCCCCACCAACGAGGAGGACGAUGACGAAGACCCGGUGUGCGACAUGGAGGUGGGCUCGGAGCGGGCGGAGGACCCUCCCAGGGUACGGCACGAGGGCGAGGAUGAGGAGGAGGACGAAGACGUGGAGAUGGCCAGCGAGGGCGUGACCGAGAGCGGGCUGGAGAGCUACGGCAACGUGGACGAGGACGACUUCGCCGAGGACGAGCGCCUGGACAACCUGAACCGCGCCCCGCCCACGGCCCCGCCCCUAGCCCCGCCCCUGGCCCCGCCCGCCCCCUGGUCCCAGUGCAACCCAUUCGCCGACCCCUUCUCCCAGCUGCCUCAGCAAGCGGCCGACCUGCUGACCGGGCCCUCCGAGCCCUGGGCCCCGGACCCCGAAACGCCCACCCAGUCCCCCGCGCAGGCCUGGCUGGAGCUCAGCACCCCCGCCCUGGUCCCCGUCCCGCUAGCCCGGGACUCGGCCCGCCCCCUGGGGGCGCCCCCGGCGGGGGGCAUGUCGCAGUCCAGCACGCUGAGCGGGGCGGAGCUGGCGGCCCAGAGCAGCAGCAACACCAGCACGCCGGAGGAGCUGCGCCGGUACGGCAGCGGCUCGGAGGAGCUGGCCCCGCCCCCGCCGGCACAGGCCCCGCCCCCGCCGCCCCACGCGGCGCACGACCUGGCCGACGAGGAUGAGGAGGAGGAGGAAGAGGAGGCGGAGACCCUGCCGGCCGACGAGCUGCUGGGCGGCCCCUCCACGGCCCCGGAGUCGGCCACGUCGUCCCCCGCCUCCUCCUCCUCCUCCUCCUCGGCCGACGAGGCCAGCGACACGGAGGGCGAGAUGCAGAUCAGCGAGCCCGACGCGCGCGGCAUCGACAACAUGGCCUUCGACAGCCCGGCCGCCGCCCAGAGCCUGCCCGCCCUGGAGGAGCGCGAGGGCGAGGGCGAGGAGGAGGAGGGCGAGGGCGGCGGGGGCACCCCCCAGUCCGCCAACUCGGCGGCGUCCUACGGCUUCGACUGCACCACCUCCACCUCCACCUCCAACUCCAACGCCCACUCCAGCGCGGAGAGCUGCAGCAAGAGCCCGGGGAUCUUCUCCCUGGAGAACGAGGACCAGCUGCUGGAGGAGGCCAAGGACGCCCCGCUCAUCCAGGAGCUGGGCCCGCCCGCGGGGGGGGAGGCGCGCCCCCGCCCGGAGGAGGAGCAGCACUACAUGCUGUGCGGCAAGACGGGGGCGGAGCUUCCCGAGGGGGGGGCCCCGGCCCCGGAGCCCCUCCCCUUCUCCGCCCAGCUCGCCGGCGACGCCCCCGACGCCCAGGCCCCCUACUACUCGGCCAUUUGUGAAAAGACUGAUAACGUUCUGUCAGGUAACGUAUAGACCCGCCCGGUGAUAACGCCCCCCCCACCCCCACCACCACCAACCCCCCCCCCCCGCCCUGCGUCGCUGUUCAUUUCCUCUCCAGUUGGGAUAAAUGUCUUAGGAGGGAGGGCGAGAGGGAGAGAGGGAAAGUGAGAGAAAGUUGGAGGGAAGACGAUCAGCGCCGCUUCCCUCUGUGGCGAAACUAUUAUGAUCAUGAUUAUGAGUAUAUGGCUUAAACUCCUGUAUGUGCAAUAGCUACUACUAUUUACUUAUUAGAAUGGUUCUUUUUGUUUGUUUGUUUUGUUUGUUUUUUUUUCCUUUUUAAUUAACACUGCUUAUCCAAUUUGCCCUGAACUGGCACGGACUGACUGCUCUCUUGCGAUGAAGUUCUUAAAUGGAGGAGGAAAAGAAAAGAAAAAAAAAAAGAGGAAAAAAAACACGGAAAGGAAUGAACUCUCUCUACCCUUGUGUAUUUAUCCUGCUCUUUUUUACCGAACAAAUGUUAAUGAAUUUAUUUGUAUGUUUGUUUAUUUUCGUCUUCUCCCCCCCCCGCGUCGAGACGCCCGCCCCUCUUCACACUCCUCUCUCUCCUGCACUUUAGGGUUAGCACACCCUCUCUCUUUGUUCCCUUUUGACUCUUUACCGUUUUAGCUUUGAAUAAAGAUUAGAUAUUUAACAUGA